AUGGAAGGCAAGAAGCACUUGCUCUCCGUUGUGAUUUCUGUUAUUUUACAGCUUUUUGUUGUUAGUGGUGCAGUUGAGGUGUCCUCCGGUGGGAGAAAAGGGACAUGGAAACUACUACAACAAAAUACAGGGGUAGUGGCCAUGCACAUGGCUUUAACAUAUCGUAACACUGUUAUUAUGUUUGAUCAAACUGCUGCAGGCCCCUCCCAACACAGGCUUCCUCGGCGCUACAAUGGGAAAAGGUGCACUCGUUCCCGAGAAGAUUUAGAAGAUUGGUCGUGCUAUGCUCAUUCGGUUGAGUACGACGUAGAUGGUAAUAAGUUGAGGUCACUAAGGCUUGAUACCGAUCCCUGGUGCUCCUCGGGUUCGUUCCUCAGCAAUGGCACACUUCUGCAGACUGGUGGGUACGGUAGUGGUUCUAAAAAAAUACGAUACUUCAAUCCUUGUAGUGAUCAUCAAUGCAAUUGGAAGCAAUCAAAACAGAUGGUAUGCUUCCAAUCAGUUACUCCAGAGAAAGAUAGAGUUAUUAUUGUAGGUGGAACUCAUGGAAGGAAUGCCUUUAGUUAUGAAUUUGUGCCCAAAUUGCACUCCAGUGACAGAUCUUUUAAUCUUACAUUUUUGCGCAACACUAAUGACCCGAAUGCUAGGGGAAACAACCUCUAUCCUUUCCUCCACCUUUCUUCAGAUGGUAACUUAUUCAUUUUUGCCAACCGUGACUCGAUCCUUUUCAAUUAUAGACGAAACAAGGUGAUCAAGACGUUUCCCCGGAUUCCAGGAGGUGGUUCAAGAAACUACCCAAGCUCAGGGUCAUCAGUAAUUCUCCCGUUGGACCAAAAAGACAGGUUCCAAAAAGUGGUCAUGGUGUGCGGAGGUGGAGCCUCUGGAGCUUACGAAGCAGCAGCAAGAGGAACAUUCCUCAAGGCACUGACCUCCUGCGGUAGAAUGGUCAUCUCAGGGUACAGACACAUGUGGAAGAUGGAAAACAUGCCGGGACCCCGAAUCAUGCAUGACAUGUUGGUCCUCCCAACAGGCCGUAUACUGAUCAUCAAUGGUGCCAAACGUGGUUGUGCCGGAUGGAAAAACGCAGUAUCUCCUUCUCUCCAGCCUUACCUCUACAAUCCAAAGAAAACUCUAGGCAGAAGAUUUUCAGUCCUGAAAUCAACCAAGAUUGCGAGAAUGUAUCACUCAUCAGCUCUUCUUUUACCUAAUGGGGGAGUCUUGGUUGCUGGUGGCAAUCCUAAUAACAGGUACACUUUCAGAAACGUGUCCUACCCAACCGAGCUAAGGUUACAAGCAUUUAUCCCUCACUAUAUGGAUCGGCAAUACCAUCACUUGAGGCCAGUUAAUGUGUCAAUAGAGUACAGUAGCAAUCCAUAUCGCAUUGCAUAUGGAGAAGAGUUCAUUGUUCAGUUCAGGCUGGAAAGAAGGCCAAUCAUGGAAGUGGAAUAUAGCGUCUAUGCACCGCCAUUCACGACGCAUUCCAUUUCAAUGAAUCAAAGACUGCUGAAACUGAGGUCCAAGAACACGGUGAGGGAUGCAGGUGGUUGGAUGACUGCAGUUUUGGAGGCUCCUCCAUGUCCAAACGUGGCACCCCCUGGUUACUAUUUGCUUACUGUUGUGAACGGAGGCAUCCCCAGCUUAUCUCAAUGGAUUCGAUUCAUCCAUGCUUGAUCUUUUCUCAUACUAUGUCUUCAUUUAUCAAAAUAAAAAAAUCUUUUGAUUUGCUGAAAAACAAAAUAUUGUCUUUG